UAUUAUUAUUUUUUUUUUUUCCUUCUAGAGAUUUUCGAGACGGACAGGUUUGCAUACUUACCUCUGACUUACGACUUGUGACUGACGAACGACUGACUGAAAAAAAACGAACAAUUAAACAAAAAAGCUUGACGGCUGACGAUUUUUUUUUUUUUUUUUUUAACUAAACUCAUGACUAACUUGAAUACCAAAUUUACUAACGACUUGUUGCGCGUAAGUCCUCUGACCGACGAAGGUUAUUAUUUCCUUGACUAAGGACCCUAAUAACUGAUGAAAUCUCACGACCUUUUUACUGAUGCCUCUUGACUGACGAUGACCAGGAUGACUACGAGGACGACCCCCACUGGAAGGCUGGAGUGAGACAGCCACCCUCCGAGGUCAAGGACGACUCGCGGCGACAUUAUGGCUACUCAUGGGCGUCGACUCCCGCCCAUACCACAGGGUCAAGUCACAGACAUACCCGGGAUGGUGCCAAUUGCGGUGCCAAAUAUAGCGCCAAAAAUUUCGUCAACUACAGUGCCAAAUAUGGUGACGAAUUCAGUGCCAAAAGUGAUGUCAACUGCGGUGCAAAACUUGGUGCCUAGUGCGGUGUCAAAUAUGAUUUCAACUGCAGUGACAAAUUUGGUGCCAAGUGUGGUGCCAAGUUUGGGCUCAGGUUUUGGAACCGCUGGCCACUCGCCCCGAGCUCAACACUCUCGCUAUCACAGCGGGUGCCUGGCCGCGCCGCCGCCGCCCCCGCCCGCGAGGGACGGGCGUGCGGGCGCGGGCGGCAGGAGGUCCCCCCGCCCGCCCACCCGCCCGAGGCUGCUCCUGGGAAGUUUCGGAACUUGCAUGGCACAGCCUUUGUUCGUGACUCUCCACCAUUCGCUGAGAAUCGACGCUGGUGAACAAAUAACGCGGCCUGCGCAUGAACACACAUUCCAAUAG